AUGGUUCUUCUAAACGAUAUUGCGAAGACUGAGCGCUGGAACUUGACGCCUUUGCCAGACGGCUCCGUUCGAUGGCGUAACGACAUUGACGACAUCAGAAAGGGCCGACCACUUUCCCUGGAGGUAAAGACACUGUUGGCCCUGAAGGAGGCUGGACACGCUCUUGGGGAAGGCAAAGUCUACUUCACAACUGCCGGGCUUCAGACGCCAAAUUUAAAAGGGGAACCAAGAAAGACUGUGGCUACGGUUCGUUUGCUCUAUCGGAAAGAAAAGUGGUCGACCGAGGACAAUGACGAAUGGAUGCGAUCGUCUCACUGGGCGAGAGUGAAUCAGGCCGCAUCAGACGCCAAGCGGCAUCCACGGGACGUGGUACUCUACCUGGACGUCGUCACUUCGACAGCACUAGAUGGCAAGUGGUUUCUCCAAUUUGAAAUCGCCACUGCGAGGGCUACAUGUUGUAACACCUUCGUCCUCGUUCUGAACGAUAAUCGCCCUCAUGUCGCAACCAUCGAGGAUUUCAGACGACAUGGAUCAACCCGUAGGAUCAAGCGUGGACAGAUCAACCUCAACGACUCAGCAGAUUUCCUUCAAGCAGUACGGGUUCGAGACGGCCACAAUGGUGUCAGUCGUGCCUUGGCAGAUCUCUGGAAGAGUGGAACAUGCAUUCAUCGGUACGCGGAUUUCCUGCAGGAAUUGGCGUCUGAAAUAUCUCCACUUCCCCCAGUAACGAGUUCUUCUCAUGCCUUCAGCACUCGGACACUUGAGCAAUUCGGACAGCCUCGGAUUUCAGAGUAA